CUUACAACUGCAUGUGGCACCUCAGCCACUUCCUGCAGCUCUGCCAGAGCAGCCUGUGAGCACAGCACGAGCUGAAGCAUUCCAUCAUCUCCUCUGAGAAAACCAGGGAAAAAAAUUAAAAAAAAAAAAAAAAAAAAGAAAGACAAGAAAGGAAACACCAGCUGGGAAAAAAAAAAAAAUGGAAGAUUGUGGUGUCACAAAUGGCACAAUUAACUCCACUUGCCUAGGAAUUCCCUACRAAGUGAGCCAGACCCCUCUGGUUGCUGUUUACAGCAUUGUUUUUGCUAUAGGCCUUCCAGCAAACUUCUUAACUUCUCUGCUUGCAUUUGUACAAAUCCAAAGGAAAAACGUAGUUGCUGUCUACAUUUUCAGUUUAUCAUUGUGCGACCUGAUGUAUUUAAGUACCUUGCCUUUAUGGAUUACCUACGUGCAAAACAAGCACAAAUGGACCAUGGGUGAAACUGCUUGCAGAAUAACAGGAUUCAUCUUCUUCUGCAAUAUCUACAUCAGCAUUCUGCUUUUGUGCUGCAUCUCUGUGGAUCGUUAUGUGGCCCUGGUGUWUUCUCUGGAAUCAAGGGGGAGAAGAGGACAGAAAAAGGCUGCCAUAAUAGUCUGCUUUCUCUUUGCUGCGGUCGCAGUAAUCCACACUCCUGUAUUUAUCAAAGAUGAGAAAGAAUAUACAAAUGUUCCAACCUGCUUUGAGACAGUGCCCCUCGACAUAAAAUUGGCUUCUUACAGCAUUGUUAGAUUCCUAUUUGGAUUUGUCAUACCCUUCAUAAUCCUCGUUUUUACAAACUACAGAAUUUUCCAAACUACAAAAAGAAGCAGCAGCUUGACCCGUUGCCAAAAAAACAAAGUGAAGUAUGUGGCUAUUGCCAUUAUUGUUAUUUUCUUGGUCUGUUUUGCUCCAUACCAUGUUGUGCUCCUCAUAAGAGCCAUAUACUUCAUGUUUCAUCAGAACUGCCCAUGUCCAUUUGAAAAGGGGAUAUAUUCAAUUUCUACAGUGUUUCUGUGUUUAGGCACYGCAAACGCUGUUGCCGAUCCAAUCAUCUACGUGCUGAUCAGUGAAAACGUCAGAAAAGACAGUUACAGGAGCCUGAAAAGGUGGAGACAGAACUCAUCCAAGCUAAAUUCAUCCAGUAAUCACAAGACUGACAGCAGAAAAUUGGAAACACCAAAGGAAUCAGAGGAAGGGGGCCAAAGAMAUGACAACAAAGAAAUAACAGAUUCAUCUGACAUUCAGAAGGCCUGUGUUAGUGGCAGAGACCAGCAAGGUGACAGCUAGCUGGUAGCAGCUGUAACAAAUAAGAAAUUCCCAAUGCCAGCUGCAGAACACAAGUCUUUACACACUGACAUCAUCUUGCAUGUCCUGCAUGGAYCAGCAGCUCCUUGAGGACGUGGUGGGAGCAAUAAUUCACAUUUCUGUUUGUCUCAUACAAUAAACUUUGCCCACCAGUAUCACUGGUGAAAAUACUGCUUUGCUAAGGAUGUAUGGAACAAACUAAAUAAUUUACUUUGACUCAAAUUGAGACCUAAAAAGCUUAUUUUUUGGACUCUUUUUCUCACAUGAAAUAAAACCAGUUUUAUCUUCUGAGAUAAAAAAAAAUCUUCUAAAAUUUUAAAAAGCACUGCUGAGGAGAGCAAGGCUCUAUUGUUACGGUUCUUAUGGUUGAAAAGUUUGCUUCUUGGGAAGGUACAUGUUCUGAUUCUCAGUACUCUGCUGUUAACAUUUGUGGUUAACCAGUGGAAAAUAUUAAAAAGGAGUACAUCUUUCAGCAAGAAGCUUGAACAAUUUCCUCAUACUUCAGUGUGUGACUUUAGCUGCAUUGCCCAUUCCAGGAGAAUCAGAGAGCAAAACAACRGCCUGGUAACACAGACCAACAGUACUGCUGCUGCAUUAGUCAAGAUCCUGCACUGCCCUGAAAUAAUUAAAAUGUAAAGUUCUAAUGCUUGAAAGUUUACAGUUAGUAAAUUUU